AUGGCUGACAGCGAGAGACAAUAUCAGGAAAAGUUCAAGCAGUUAAUGGAAGAACGACGAAAAUGGGACGAAGAAAAAGCGACAAUAGAAAAAAUAGCAGCUUCAGCAAGUCCAAUUGUUAAAUUAAAUGUUGGUGGGGAAGCUAUGACUACAUCAAGAGCUACAUUAACACUUGACGAAGGAUCUUUACUUGCGACUAUGUUCUCUGGUAAAUGGGACAACAAAUUGAUGAAGGAUACAGAUGGAUGUAUAUUCCUUGAUUAUGAUCCAGUUUUAUUCAAGUUUCUCUUAAAUCAGCUUCGUGCUUGGUCAGAUCUAUCUGUAAAACGUGUCUUUCGUCUACCUGUCGGUUCUGAACAAUCGUUCUUAGAAUUGGUUCGUCUAUUGAAAUUUAAUGAGCGAUUUAUCGACAGCAAACAAAGUACUAUAACUAGUGUCGCUAAAGUUGUUCAAUCAGAAGAAGAAUCAGAGCGCUUUGGAACUGUCAGUAGUUCUACUGUUCAAUUGACUAAUGAUAAUCGAACAUGUAAGACAACUGUUGACAGCAAUUGGCAAUAUCUAUUAGGAACGCUGACUUAUUCCACUGGAAAACAUCGAAUUCGAUUGAAAUUGGAAUUUGGUCGGACCAACAUUUUGAUGGGUAUUUGCAGUCAGAACAAACCACCUACCGGCCCUCAAUUUUAUGACAAACCUACGACGCAUGGCUGGUUCAUACAUGGAUAUAUGAUGAAGAAUGGUCAAGGCUCCCAUCCAGGAUGGCCACAAGUUGCUGUGAACGAUAUUUUAGAAUUGACAAUUAAUUGUGAUGAACGAUCGCUGAGUAUUCUUAACGAGAACAGUCGAGCACAAAAUAAUAUGCAACCAGGUCUCUCUGGUGGUAUAAAAGGUAAUAAAAAAUGA